GAGGCGCCCCCACACUGACCUCCUUCUCGGCGCUCCCACAGCACAGCCGGUCCUCCCUCAGGUCUGCCUGCCUUCUCUCCUGCUGCUGGCCAAGCCCAUUAAGCUGCUACCUUGGCCACAAUUGAAGGCCCCACGCCCCAGGGAGGAAACCACUGAGGCGGCGUCCCUGCUCCCCAGCACCCCAAACCAUCAAUUAAUAUUAACGAGGAAAGGCUCCUCGAUGCCUCGGGACCCCCACUGAGUCUCCAGUGGGGGAGGAGGCCCCACCCCUGUGACUCAGGAGGUUAAAGGGCCUGGUGCUGGCCUGUGAGGCCAGUGUCCAGAUGGCGAGCGGCGGCGGGAGGGUCACCAUCCAGCUCGUGGAAGAGGAGGCCGGGGUCGGAGCCGGGGGCCCGCAGCUCUUUCGGGGCCAGAGCUAUGAGGCAAUCCGGGCAGCCUGCCUGGACUCGGGGAUCCUGUUCCGAGACCCUUACUUCCCUGCUGGACCUGAUGCCCUUGGCUACGACCAGCUGGGACCAGACUCGGAGAAGGCCAAAGGCGUGAAAUGGAUGAGGCCCCAUGUAAAAUGUGGCUGGGGACCUGGGCUCCAGGGUCUGAGGGAGGAGGGGCUGGGGCCUGGGCUCCAGGGUAACUGCUGGUUUCUUGCGGCUGCCGCCUCCCUUACUCUGCACCCCCGGCUCCUGCACCGGGUGGUCCCUCCCAGACAGGAUUUCCAGCAUGGCUACGCAGGCGUCUUCCACUUCCAGCUCUGGCAGUUCGGCCACUGGGUGGACGUCGUGGUGGAUGACAGGCUGCCCGUGCGUGAGGGGAAGCUGAUGUUCGUGCGCUCGGAACAGCGGAACGAGUUCUGGGCCCCACUCCUGGAGAAGGCCUACGCCAAGCUCCACGGCUCCUACGAGGUGAUGCGGGGCGGCCACAUGAAUGAGGCUUUUGUGGACUUCACAGGUGGCGUGGGUGAGGUGCUCUAUCUGAGACAAAACAGCAUGGGUCUCUUCUCUGCCCUGCGCCAUGCCCUGGCCAAGGAGUCCCUCGUGGGUGCCACUGCCCUGAGUGAUCGGGGUGAGUACCGCACAGAGGAAGGCCUGGUGAAGGGACACGCGUAUUCUGUCACGGGCACACACAAGGUGUUCCUGGGCUUCACCAAGGUGCGGCUGCUACGGCUGCGGAACCCAUGGGGUCGCGUGGAGUGGACUGGGGCAUGGAGCGACAGCUGCCCACGCUGGGACACACUCCCCACCGAGUGGCGCGAUGCCCUGCUGGUGAAAAAGGAGGAUGGCGAGUUCUGGAUGGAGCUGCGGGACUUCCUCCUCCACUUCGACACCGUGCAGAUCUGCUCGCUGAGCCCGGAGGUGCUGGGCCCUAGCCCGGCGGGGGGCGGCUGGCACGUCCACACCUUCCAAGGUCGCUGGGUGCGCGGCUUCAACUCCGGAGGGAGCCAGCCUAAUUCUGAAACCUUCUGGACCAAUCCUCAGUUCCGUUUAACGCUGCUGGAACCCGACGAGGAGGAGGACGAGGAUGAGGAAGGGCCCUGGGGGGGCUGGGGGGCUGCAGGGGCGCGGGGCCCAGCGCGGGGGUGCCGCACGCCCAAGUGCACAGUCCUCCUAUCGCUCAUCCAGCGCAACCGGCGGCGCCUGAGAGCCAAGGGCCUCACUUACCUCACCGUGGGCUUCCACGUGUUCCAGAUUACAGAGGAGCUGCUGGGCCUCUGGGACUCCCCGCGCAGCCGCGCGCUCCUGCCCCGGCUGUUGCGCGCCGACCGCUCGCCCCUCUGCGCCCGCCGCGACGUGAGCCGCCGCUGCCGCCUGCGCCCCGGACACUACCUGGUGGUGCCAAGUGCCGCCCACCCCGGCGACGAGGCCGACUUCACUCUGCGUGUGUUUUCUGAGCGCCGCCAUACGGCAGUGGAGAUUGACGACGUGAUCAGCGCAGACCUGCAGGCUCUCCAGGGCCCCUACCUGCCUCUGGAGCUGGGGCUGGAGCAGCUGUUUCAGGAGCUGGCUGGAGAGGAGGAAGAACUCGGUGCCCCUCAGCUCCAGGCCUUACUAAGCAUUGCCCUGGAGCCUGCCAGGGCUCACACCCGAACCCCUGGAGAGAUCGGGCUCAGGACCUGUGAGCAGCUGUUGCAGUGUUUUGGGCACGGGCGAAGUCUGACCUUGCACCACUUCCAUCGGCUCUGGGGCCACCUCCUGGAGUGGCAGGUAAGCGGGAGACUGGGCCUUCAGAAAGAAACCUUUACUGACAGAGACCUAGGCUAUCACAGCCCUGGGGAACACGGGGUGCCGUGUGUGUGUGUGGGUGGGUCCCUGGGGGGCUGCAGGGCUCAGAAGCAGCUUCCCCCAGGCUUCCACCUGAACAACCAGCUGACCCAGGCCCUCACCAGCCGCUACCGGGACAGCCGUCUGCGUGUGGACUUCGAGCACUUCGUGUCCUGCGUGGCCCAGCUCACCUGCAUCUUCUGCCACUGCAGCCAGCACCUCGAUGGGGGUGAGGGGGUCAUCUGCCUGACCCACAGACAGUGGAUGGAGGUGGCCGCCUUCUCCUAGGAUCUCAGGAUGGGAGAACUGACCAAGACCACCGCCCCUGGCACAGGUGUGCUGCUCUGUCUGGCAUCCACCUGCCUGGCGCUGGCCUUGGGCCCGUGUCCUCCACUCAGAAACAAGGACAGCAGAUGACACAAGCUGGUCCACAUUAAUGGCUUAGGACAGUGCUAAUUCUGCCCUGGCUCUCCUAGGAAGUGGAGAACAGAUGCAGCAGAGGGGAAAAAAAAGGGACACUGCAGGAAUCCUUCUGAAAAAUAUUACAUGUUUUAUUAUCCUGUCCCCAGAGGGUGGUUUAUCCAGAAACCGAGGGAAAAAAAUCAGUCAUCAGAAUAAACU